AGUUCAAUUGCUAGCGUUUCAAUUGCUGAUGUUUCAGGAGAAUCUAUAAGCUGGUGCUUCAAGCACCGAAGUUCCAGCUCAGAUUCAAUUCCUGCAGAUUUAAGUUCUGAGUAUAGUUUUGGCGUGAAGGAAACAUCCUACAUAAAUGGACAUACUGUUUGCUCAGAUCCAAGCGGACCUGCGGUCUAACGAUGCGCUCCGGCAAUCCAGCGCGUUACUCCAAGCGCUGCAACAAUCCGCCGCCGGACGGGAUAUCUCCGUCAUUGCAAAAUCCGCCGUUGAAGAGAUCGUCGCUUCUCCGGCAUCCGCGGUCUCCAAAAAACUCGCAUUCGACCUCAUCCGCUCCACUCGUCUCACCGCCGAUCUAUGGGAAAUCGUAUGCACCGGCAUCCGCGACGAUCUCAAUUUUCCGGAUCCUGACGUAACUGCCGCCGCCAUCUCAAUCCUGUCUGCCAUCCCCUCCUACCGCCUCGGUAAACUCAUCAACGACUGCAACAAAGAAAUCUCCGCCUGUUUCGAUUCGGUCAGUGACAAUCUCCGCUUUUCAAUUACGGAAACCCUAGGCUGCAUUCUGGCACGUGACGAUCUCGUUACAUUGUGUGAAAACAAUAUUAACUUGCUCGAUCGUGUCUCCAAUUGGUGGAAUCGAAUUGCUCAAAACAUGCUGGACAAAUCCGAUUCUGUGUCCAAGGUCGCAUUCGAAUCCGUUGGUAAACUAUUUCAGGAAUUUGAAACAAAGAGGAUGAGCCGGCUUGCUGGAGACAAGUUAGUUGAUACUGAAAACUCCGUCGCGAUUCGAUCAAACUGGAUAUCAUCAAUGGUUGAUUUUGUGUGGAAGAAGAGAAACGCUUUGAUGUCUCGAGCGUUAAUUCUACCUGUUGAGAGUUUUAGAGCUACCAUUUUCCCAUUGGUUUAUGCAGUGAAGGCAGUGGCUUCAGGUUCAAUUGAGGUAAUCAAGAAGUUAUCAAGGUCAUCAAAGAAUAGGAACAAUACGACCCCAGAUUCAGGGAAUGCAGAGAGCUUCGUGGGAGUGUCCGAUGUGGUUUCUCAUUUGGCGCCGUUUUUGGUAUCAUCUUUGGACCCUGCAUUGAUAUUUGAGGUAGGGAUCAAUAUGUUAUACUUGGCAGAUGUGUCUGGAGGGAAGCCUGAGUGGGCCUCUGGGUCAAUUAUUGCGAUUCUCACACUUUGGGACAGACAGGAGUAUUCUUCUGCCCGCGAGAGUAUAGUUCGAGCUGUUGUUACGAAUUUGCAUCUCCUUGACCUUAGUAUGCAGGUGUCAUUGUUUAAAAAGCUGCUUCAUAUGGUGCGGAACUUGAGAGCAGAAUCUGAUCGAAUGCAUGCUCUGGCAUGCAUCUGUCGAACUGCUCUCUGUGUUGAUCUUUUUGCAAAGGAGAGUGUUCGCCGAGGGCAGAAACCAGUUGCAGCAACUGAUAUUGCUUCACUAUUUGAGGAUGCGAGAAUAAAGGAUGACCUCAACAGUGUCACUAGUAAGAGCUUGUUCAGAGAAGAACUAGUUGCAAUGCUGGUUGAGAGCUGCUUUCAGUUGUCCUUGCCAUUGCCUGAACAAAAGAAUUCAGGCAUGGAAAGCAGAGUGAUUGGAGCCUUGGCCUAUGGAACUGGUUAUGGUGCAUUGAAUUGGACCGAACCAGCUUUAGAAGUUGUGGAAGUGUGUAGGCCUUGUGUUAAAUGGGAUUGUGAUGGCCGGACAUAUGCCAUCGAUUGUUAUCUAAAGUUGCUUGUUAGACUUUGCCACAUUUAUGACACUCGAGGUGGUGUCAAAAGAGUCAAAGAUGGUGCUUCUCAAGAUCAGAUAUUGAAUGAAACACGACUGCAAAAUUUGCAGCGAGAACUUGUUAGAGGUCUGCAAGAGGUUAGCACCCCUAGAAUCACUGCCCGUCUUCUCUGGGCAAUUUCAGAACACAUUGACUUGGAGGGGUUAGACCCUCUUCUUGCUGAUGACCCUGAGGACCAAUUAAACAUAAUUGUAUCAAAUAUCCACAAAGUUCUAUUCAACAUAGACUCAUCUGCAAGCACAACAAAUCGGCUUCAAGAUGUUCAAGCAGUUCUUCUAUGCGCACAGCGUUUGGGAUCACGUAAUGCUAGGGCUGGGCAAUUAUUGAGUAAGGAGCUUGAAGAAUUUAGGAGCAAUCCCUCUGCUGAUUCAGUCAACAAGCACCAAUGCCGUAUAAUUCUACAGAGGAUUAAAUAUGUUUCAAGUCAUUCGGAUGAUAAAUGGGCUGGGGUUAGUGAAACCAGGGGAGACUACCCAUUUAGCCACCACAAGCUAACUGUUCAGUUCUAUGACACAUCUGCAGCUCAGGACCGAAAACUAGAGGGAUUGAUUCAUAAAGCUAUUUUAGAACUGUGGAGACCAGAUCCCAAUGAAUUAACUCUGUUGUUGACAAAAGGGAUUGACCCGAGUUUGAUCAAGGUUCCUCCUAGUGCAUUCACUUUAACUGGUAGUAGUGAUCCUUGCUAUGUUGAAGGAUAUCAUUUGGCAGAUCCAAAUGAUGGAAGGGUUACUCUGCAUUUGAAGGUUCUGAAUCUUACAGAGAUUGAAUUAAAUCGCGUAGACAUCCGAGUCGGUCUAUCGGGUGGGUUAUACUUCAUGGAUGGAUCGCCUCAAGCAGUGCGGCAGUUGCGUGAUCUUAAUUCACAAGAGCCAGUGUUGUGCAGCGUAACUGUUGGUGUUUCACAUUUCGAGCGAUGUGCCCUAUGGGUCCAGGUGUUGUACUAUCCUUUCCACGGUACUCCAGCAGAUUACGAAGGCGACUAUUCUGAGGAAGAUCCACAAGUUAUGAGACAAAGGAAAAGCCUGAGACCUGAAAUAGGGGAGCCUGUGAUUUUGAGAUGCCAGCCAUACAAAAUUCCCCUUACCGAACUUCUUAUGCCGCACAAGAUUUCACCGGUUGAAUAUUUUCGUCUGUGGCCUAGUUUACCUGCUAUAGUGGAGUCCACCGGUACAUAUACAUAUGAAGGAAGCGGUUUUAAGGCAACAGCAGCUCAGCAGUAUGGGGAGUCUCCUUUUCUCAGUGGCUUGAAAUCCCUGUCUUCUAAGCCUUUUCAUAAAGUUUGCUCACAUAUUAUUCGCACAGUUGCUGGUUUCCAGCUGUGCUACGCUGCUAAAACCUGGUACGGAGGAUUUGUGGGGAUGAUGAUAUUUGGUGCAAGUGAAGUGAGCAGAAACGUGGACCUUGGUGACGAAACCACAACCAUGAUAUGCAAAUUCGUGGUACGAGCUUCAGACGCAUCCAUCACAAAGGAGAUUGGUUCAGAUCUACAGGGAUGGAUGGACGACCUUACAGAUGGCAGCGUUCACUACAUGCCUGAAGAUGAAGUCAAAGAAGCUGCUGCAGAGAGGCUUAGAAUCUCAAUGGAACGAAUAGCAUUGUUAAAAGCUGCUCAACCUCGUAAAACAAAGUCUCCCAAACCAGAUGUUGAUGAAGAUGAGGAAGAAGAAGAAGAAAAGGAAGAGGAUGAAGAGGGAAAGGAAACCGAAGGUAAAGUAAAAGAGAAGAAAAUAAAGGGACCUUCGACUUUGUUUAAGUUAACUGCGGAGGAGGUUGAAAGUCGUGCUCUUCAAGCUGCUGUGUUGCAGGAGUGGCAUGAGCUGUGUAAAGACAGGAAGACCAAAGUUAAUUAGCUGAUUUUUGUUUUUUUUUUUUUUAAUUCAUUUCUUUUUGUUGUGAAAUUUUUCGAUUGUAAUUCAUUUGUUUGUGGUUCUUUUAAUUCCUCCACGUGUACUUGUUAGCCAGUUGUAAUUUGAUUUAUGAUAGGAAAUUUUUUUCGGAGUUGUGUUGUGUGCUUGUUUUGUAAGUAAAUUAUGUGAUU